AGCAUAAAAUUAUUUUUGAACUUCAAAAACUUAUAAAAUGUCAAAAUCAUCUCAAUCAACUAAUUUCCGUGCUGUUGAUAUUGAUGAAUUAGAUGAAGAAAGAUAUCAAGAUGAUGCUAAUGAUGUCCCAACACAAAUUGGACCAGAUGAAAAUGAAAUACAGAAUUUACUGAAUGUAAAGAAAACAGCUGAAGCUUUAAAGUUGCUACUUGAGCAACCUCCAUUUAAUGCUGGUGCACCAGAAAAGGCUCGUGUCUUUCAGCUAAUGGUUCGAGUUCUCUCUCAAACCAAGUCUACUGAAAUUGAUAGCAUAGUACAACAAUUAUCACAGACACAGGUUGAUACCUUACUUAAAUACAUUUACAAAGGAUUCAAUGAACCUACAGAUAGUUUAUGUGGAGUUUUGCUAAACUGGCAUGAAAAGGUGUUUGCUGCAACUGGUUUAGGUGGAAUUAUGCGCGUGAUGACAAGCCGUACCUCGGUGUAAAUCUUUUUUCUUAAGAUGAAUUAAUGUAUGAGAUAACUCUGACAAAACGGUGUUUAAUUGUCAGCAGAAUUGUAAAAAAGUUUGUUUUUAAAACCAAUUCUGUUUUUUGUA